CAUUUUAUUACCACGCCCAGAAUAGGUGGAGCUGGUAUUUUGCGUGGGAGUAUAAUUUCCUCUCGACUCGCUAUGGCUACAAGCCCUUCUUCCUCUCUUUUUAUAAACGUUUGCAAUAAAGAACUAAGUAAAAAAGACUUCUAUGCUGUUUAUAAUAGAAUCAAGCCACUUUCAGCUGGCUGGAAGCAGAUAGCCAUUUCCUGGCGUCUUGAACUAGACACAAUCAACAGGAUAGAAGCUGAUUGUCGUGGAGACACUAUUGCUUGUCUGCAGAAAGUCAUAGAGUAUUGGUUAAAGAAAGAUUAUGAUUACAAAUCUCAUGGUAUUCCUUGUUGGAGGAGAGUGUGUGUAGCUGUUAAAGAAGGAGGAGGUGAUCCAGCAUUAGCUGAUGAAAUAGCUCGUGAACAUCCUCUACCUGCUACUGUGGGCGUCCCUAUUAAUAUUAUUCAUAGCGAAGGAAUGUCACCUGGUUCAACAGGAGGAUGCAACUCAAAUGAUAAUGACACUUUACUAUCACUACCAUCAGCCGAUAGAAGAGAUAUCUCUCCUUUUGAUGCUGCAAUGUCACCUGGAAGUGGAAAAUCAAAUAGUUCAACAUGUGCUGAUGGAUAUGGCUCUUCUGAAAAAAGUUUCCACUUGACAAGCGAGCUACAUGAUCUACAGGAAGAAUUUGACGAGGCAUUUCGUAUUACAAAAAAGUCCUUCGAAUCAAGUGAUUUACCUGAAAUCAUUGACUACCUUCAAACACAUGUCAAGUCAUUACUUGGUCCUAAAAUGAGAAAGCAAUCAACAGCUCAAGCAGUUAGGGAAGAGUUUGAAUGCAUAAAAACGAUACCAAAACUAUUCACAGUGCUACAAGACAAGUAUGUAUCAUGGUUCAACUAUAAACUAAUGAUAAACUUGUUGGA